AUGACUGAUGAUCCAUAUGUCGAAAUACUCCAGAAAACCAUGCUGCCGUAUACCAGUGAAGAAAUUCCGCUUGUUUGGACGUUCCAGCAGGACAACGAUCAAACAAAGAGCGAAAAUAUCAAUGUUGAGAACAGCUCCCCUGACGAGGUUUCCGAGUUGCAAGCCGUUGGUUCUGUGACCAGCUUAAAUGAAAUUCACACACACCAGAGCACCGAAAAUAUCGUUGCCGAGGAUUAUCAGGCGCAACAACACCAACAACAACUGCCAUUACCGCAGCAACAACAGCAAAUAAUCCAGUCACCGCCAAAGCAGCAGCAACAACAGCAGCCAGCUCAACAACAAGCGUCAGCACAUUUCAAUGCACAAAAUGUUGUUGACAUGCCGCCCGUCAUCGUUGCGGCCACUGAAGUUUAUCACAAUCAGGAUGACAAUGUGCCAAAGGAGGAGCCGACCGAAGUGCCUGUGGCGACAGUGGCCCCAGCAGCAGCACCAGUAGCUGUUCAAGCGGCACCUCAGCAACAACAGCAGCAGCAACAGGCACCAACAGUGGCCGCUGUAGUGGCUGCGCAACCUGCCGCCACCGCUGUGGCAAGUGUUUCGACUGCCACCAAUGUGCCGACACAACAACAACAGAUACAGACUUCACCGCCUUUGCAGAAGUAUCAUCAUCAGCAACAGCAACAACAACAACAGCAGCAACCACACCAACAGACACACCCGAAACAUCAGCAACAAUCUUAUAAUCGUUAUGAUCAACAACAACAACAUCAUAACCAACAAUAUCACCAUCAACAAAAUCAUAGUUAUCAAUAUGAACAACGUAGGCCACAGCAAAAUUACAACAAUAAUCAAUCGCGUCGUAAAUACGAUUACAACAAUCAAUCGUACGCGCCGAACAAUAAUAACAAUAACAAUGGCAACAAUAAUAACGACUCGGCCAUUCAGACUACGAAGACAAUGUCUUGGACGAAUUCGAGUAAAAAGUCCACAGCAUCGGUGGCGGUUACUGCUACACCUAACAGCUACAACAACAGCAACAAUAGCAACAACCAAAAUAGAACAUAUGGUCAUUCCACCAGGACAUAUACCAAUCAUGGACAUAAUUAUCAGCAACAAUCGCACUACCAUCAACAACAUCAGCAGCAACAACAACAACACGGUGGCCACUAUAAUCAACCACAGAUGCGCAAUGCUGGCGGCAUGAAAAUGCCUCCAUCGCCGGUGAGCGGCAACAAUGCACCACCACAGUUCGGCAACAACAAUGCGAACGAACGCCGCAACAGCCAAGCCGAGCAGCCGAAAUAUGCGAACCAUGGCAAUAAUAGCUCAUACAACAACUACAACCAAUAUGCCAAUAACAGCGGCAGCAGCGCGACGAACAGCAGCAAUGUGAACAACGCAGGCGCGUCAGCUGCCACAUCUACGGCCAGCACCACAGCAGCGCCGCAACAUUUUCCACAACAACAUCAAGCACAGCAGCAGCAACAGCAACAAGCGCAAGCCGCACAACAACAUCAGCAACAAACAGCUGCGCAAGUAGCACAAAACCAGCCACAACAACAACAACAGCAAACGUUAGUUAUUGACAGCAAACAAUAUCCCGGCUUUACUAGCAGCAAGAAAGCUGCAGCUGCUGCCGCCGCCGCCAAUACUGCCGCCGCCACCACAACGCCAACCGCGAAUUCGGCGCCACCAAUCACAGCCAACACCAACACUACCGCGCCCAGCACACAAUCCUGGGCCAGUCUAUUCAACGACACCAACAACGCCAACGCCAGGUCCACAAGUGCCAGUGGUGCUCAGUCUGGCAGCAGCAGCAGCAACAACAGCAGUACAAAUGCCAACAUACAGAAUAGCAACUCCUCGCCCGCGUUGCCGCCACCAUUUUCAUCGAAAAAACCUGUUGCCAAAGUAGCGCCUUAUGAAUGCGUUGUUCCUGCGCCGGUGAAUCCCACACCGCCCGUGGUAUUGCCAGGCGCUAUGUCCUACUCGGCUGCCUCCGCGCAGGGUAUACCACCACAAGCACCCAGCGCAGCGAAGGCACUCGUCAAACCCGAACCACCAACGCCGACUGCGCGCGCCAAUCUAGACGAAUACACGCUGAAAUUCGCCGAUUUCCUCACAAAGUCAAAAACCGAUCUGUCCACAGUUAGCCUGCGUCCACGCGGUCUCACCAAUCCCUCGAACUACUGUUACAUUAAUUCUAUUCUGCAAGCGCUGCUGGGCUGCGCGCCAUUCUACAAUCUGAUUCGCUCCAUACCCAAGCAGGCGGCGGCUUUGUCCGAAGUACGCACGCCCACUGUCAAUGCGCUCAUUUCCUUUGUAUCGCAAUUCUCCACACUACCAUCUGGUAUGCGCUUGCGCACCAAUAAAGGUCCCAAAGGCAAAGACGAGUUGGGCAGUGAGCUGCAAUGCGAUUCGGCCUUUGAACCCAGUGACAUUUAUCGCUUAUGGGUCGAUAGCCGUGAGGAGUAUGUCGAGGGGCGUCAAGAAGACGCUGAGGAGUUCUUGAGCUAUGUGCUCAACAAGCUGAAUGAUGAAAUGUUGGAGGUUAUAAAAUUAGUUGCCAAACCGAAUGCUGAACAAAAUGGACGCAAUGAAGUUUCAGAGAGUGAGGAUGGCGAUGAGUGGCAGAUGAUUUGCAAUAACCGCAAUAAAGGCAGCGUCACACGUCAACAAGAUUUCGGACGCACUCCACUGAGUGACAUAUUCCGUGGUGAGUUGCGUUCGCGUUUGCAACGCGAAGGAGAACACUCUACCGAUGAUAUACAACCAUUUUUCACAUUACAACUCAACAUUGAGAAAGCCGCAUCGGUAAAGGAGGCACUUGAAAUACUGGUCGGUCGCGAUCAGCUCGAGGGUGUCACCGGCAGCAAGACCAAACAAGAGGUGGUAGCUUGGCAGCAAAUGACAUUGGAAAAGUUGCCAACAAUCUUGAUUUUGCACUUGAAAUGGUUCGAUUACCGCUCGGAUGGCUGCACGAAGAUACUGAAGAAAGUCGAAUUCCCAGUAGAUCUGAAGAUCGACGCAAAAAUACUCGCCUCCAAGAAGUACUCGAUGAAACAGCGCGCCUAUCGCCUGUUCGCCGUUGUCUAUCAUGAUGGCAAAGAGGCGACCAAGGGCCACUACAUCACCGACGUCUAUCACACGGGCUACAGCAGCUGGCUGCGUUACAAUGAUAGCUCCGUGAAACCGGUCAGCGAGAAUGAAGUUCUCUACCCGAAAACACCACGCGUGCCUUACCUAUUAUAUUACAGGCGUUGCGACACAAUGCCACAGCAGAACAACUCAACGACCGGUGGCCAAACCAAUGCGCACACAAAUGCGGCUGGUAAUCAUGGUGGCCGCGAUCGUGAUGGCAACAAGUAAAUGGGCGUGCGCGCAGUGUGUAAGGCGUGUCAAACACGCCUGCGAGUCAGUACAUACUAGGAAGUGGCCAAGCCAAAAUCCGAGCACGCAUGUGCCAUGCGGCAAUACGGAGUAUACAAACACACAACAACAACAACAACUAUUACAGUAAUAGCAACGAUCAGUCGCCGGUGGAGAGUAUAGACACUAUUACGUACAAAAAUGCAACAGGCAACGGAUUAUAGCGACAAACCGUUGCAAUGUAAGCCAACUGCUAGCAAAAAUAGUUCGAAGUAGAACACCGUGUAAUAUACACAUUUAUAUAUACAUAUGUAAAGGAAUAUAUAUAGUUUUUUUAAGUUUAUGCUAGAUAUUACGCAUGCAGUUAGGGCUAGCACUUGAAAAAUUAUAAACGCACGUAAAUAAUAACUUUUUAAGCAUUACUCUUAUUUGCAUUAUAUUACAACAAGAAAAAAAACGAUUGUUGCCUUUGAACAAAAAUUGUAUGGGUGAAUGUUGGUGGUAUGCGGGACAUCGAGAGAGUGAGCGAGUGUGCGCCUGCGUGACUGCUUUUACCGAGUUUUGGUUGCUUGCGACGCGUGCAGACGUGUAUUUUGUGAAAGAUAAGCACGUCUGUAGCCUAGCUCGUGAAGAGUACCCGUAGGAGGCAAUGUGGACCAUGUAUGGUGGCAUAUGUAAUAUAAUAUAUAUACAUAUACAUACAUAUAGUAGUAGUUUAAUGUAAACAAAAACUGAGCGCAUAUAAAUCGUGUAAAUAAACUAGGAUCAUGUACAAAUUACAUAUAUAAAAAAUGUUAGUUAAAUAAAACCGCUGCACACAUGUAUACAAAACCGUUUAGAAAAAAAAACAAACAACAAAAAAGCAUUGCAAAUAACUAAUAAUGGUUUUGGAAUUGAAUUAUUUCCAUUAUGAAAUAAUAAAUGAUGAAUAGCAAAAACAAAAACAACAACUGUAACAACAACGAAAUAAGUCAUAACAAAACAGUUUGUGAAGUUGAAAAUGUAAUGAAAUGAAUUAUGUCUGCUUUGUAAAUAAAAUAUAAAUAAAUAUGCAAUAAAUGUGUCGGCGCUUUUAGCAUCAUUGAAAUGCUUGAGUGCCCAUUGGACCAAGUAAAUACGUAUGAAAUGUA